AUGUCCACUAGAACAGUAGAUAUCCCUCAGGAUGUGUUGGCAGCAUUGAAGAAAUUCAGAUUCACAAAUCGUAAAACCACAGCUGCGAUAUCGGUCAAAAUCAUUAAAUCAAAUCUAUCAAUGGCUGUAGAUGAGGAAUUCGAAGAUCAAUCAAUUGAGGAGAUAGCCGAAGAAUUGCCUGAAAACCUCCCUAGAUAUCUAGUCCUCUCACAUGAACUCACACAUAGAGAUGGAAGAAUAUCGUAUCCUCUGAUCCUGAUCAAUUGGGCACCAAGUGGUGCACCAACGGAAUUGAUGACUUUACAUGCCAGUUCAUUGAGUUAUUUCCAGCAAGUAGCAGAAAUAGCAAAGGUGCUGGAAGUUAGAGAUGGGGCAGAAGGAUUAGAUACGAAAGCUGUCAAUGAUAAACUGCUUGCCAAUUAA